GUGUCUCGAUAAGAAGCGAAUGAUAAACACGUAUCACUUUCGGACGCCUUGCAAGAGCUUCAUUCGUGUUUGUUGUGGUAUAAUACGCUGCGCGAGCCGCGAUGACGGAGACAUUGAAUGCAGCCAACGAUGAAGACUGGUUCAAAGGGAAAGUGGCACUCGUCACAGGCGGCGCUAUGGGGCUUGGUAUGGCGAUAUCUAGACUUCUGCUUCAGGAAGGAUGCACAGUGGCGCUGGUGGACAUAAACGAGCAUGUCGGCAGGAGAACGGCGAACGAGUUCAGUAGAACGUACGGGGAAGAAAGGGUGAAGUUUCUCCACUGUGACGUCACAAACGACAUUCAUUUCGAAGAUUGUUUUCGAGAAGUGCGAAAGUCAUUUGGUCGUCUGGAUAUUACCGUGAACAACGCUGGUGUGGCUGUGGAAUCAAGAUGGCGGAAAAUAUUCGAGAUUAACACGAUGGCCGUUUACCUGGGAACCCAGCUGGGCAUAAAGUACAUGGGCAAAAGCAACGGCGGUCAUGGAGGAUACAUUGUCAACAUCGCCUCCAUCGCAGGAUUGGUGGCGUGUCCAGCAAUUCCCGCCUACAACGCAUCCAAAUAUGGCGUCAUAGGGCUUACUCGAGCCUUCGGAACAGACUUUUAUUACAAGGGAUCGAACGUGAAAGUCAGCUGCUUGUGUCCCGAGCCCGUGGAGACGGACCUGUGGCGGGGAAUCUCCACUUUCUGUCAGGAGAUCAAGGUCAACUCGCCCUACAUAAGCGAAAAUUACGGCAAGCAGAUACAAAAGGCGGAGAAUGUGGCCAAGGGAGUAACGAAGCUAAUUCGAGAUGGCCGCAACGGGGCAGCACUGCUGUCGCUCUACGAUGAAGGCCUUGUCUACCACCAGUUCACCAGCGUCCGUUGACGGACAAAUUGUUUUUCUAAAAAAAUAAAAAAUAAUAAAAAUACACGUUAAUUGAG